GGAAGCGGCGAGGGAGUUAGUAUAUCCAAAAUGGUGUUAAAUAAAUGAUGAUGGCUGAAUGGAGCCAGCUGUGCGGCAUCAGUGUGUAUGGAGCCUGAUAAAGGCGUGUGUGCCAGACUCUGAGCUUCCUGAGAUAAGAGCUAUACUUGGGGACGCGCUCAUAGACAUGUACACAGAAAUCUACAAUGAGGUACAGAUCUGGGAGCAGAUAUGGCAAGAGGUGCAUGAUGGAAAAUACCAGAUGCCCCAUUUCUCUCUUGCUGACCCUCCAGCUGUUAAAGAGCUGCUGCGUUCAGAGCUCCAGCUGUUGCUCCUGAGUCUGAGACAGCAAGCCUCUAGACUGGGCAGAGAUGGAGCUAAAGCCAUGUCUCAAUACAAUUCCAGGGUGGUGAGUUAUGUACUUGGCACAGAAAGACAGCAAAUUUCAGACAGUACUGCAUGUACAACACCAACUAGCAGAGCUGGGUCCAUCAGGUCCAGCUCAAGGCUGUCAUCUAACUCCAGCAUUGAAGAUGAAAUUGAAGCUCUGAGGCACAAACUGAACAUCACCCAUAUAGAUGAAGUUGUGUCCCAUCUAAGAUCUCUUCUUAUUGAGGAGUGUGAGGUUCUGAAAAAUGACGUUCAGUUCCUGCAGGAGAGUGUGGAGUUGUCAUAUCUGAAGCAGAAAAACUCCAUGGAGCCCACUUUAACAGAGCUGAAAAAGGAACGACGUCUCAUCAAGCAAGACUUGGAAACCCUAAAUUUGAAGGAUGAAGCCACAUGCACAGAUAAGCCGAAACCUGACGGUGGCCACAUUCCCAGAAGGGAAAUGGAGUUGAUUAGUUCAGCGAAUGAUUCGGACUCAAAGAAGAAGGAGUCAGUCUCACCAGUCUCACCUAGAACUCAUUUUCUUCAACCAAAGCCUCCUCUAUCUGUAGCACCGUGUGAUAAAAGACCUGCCCUGCUGGGAAAAACCAGGCACGCAAUGUUUACACAGCUUCCAGGGUCGGCCCCAAAUCCUCCAGAGCUUCAGGAACUGGAUUUGGAGAACUCUCUUAUCCAGCCAAUGCAACAAAUUACAUUUGCUUCUUUAACCACUAUACAGAGUGAGAGAAAAACUGCAUUUGGAGGAUCUGCAACUUGUAGACUUAAAGAUGAGACACUGGCACAGCAUUUCGGAGCUGCCCCAACAUCAUUGAUACCCACCCCACCGACAGGGCAGAAAGCCCGGAACAUGGGGCAGCGGGUGGGCAGACACCUGGCAGUCCGUCAGACAGCUCAGUGCCAUCUGACCGCAACAGCUCCACACUCUCUGCAAUAA